CAACAAAGAAAACAUCGCGCAACGUGAAAAACAUGCAACAAUUACGAAAUAAUAAACAACAAUUCUAAGUAAUGCGAAUUCGAACUAAUGACAUCGCGCGCAUAAUAAUGAGUGACCUCAUUAUAUUUCCGCAAAAAACCCAAACAAUGGGCAGUUAAUCAAUGUUAAUUCCACUUCUCCCACAAUUUCCCACCAAAUCCAGCAAAAUGGACACCCUUGAAGUCUCCCUCAACCCAACCAUGGAAACAGAUGUAGCCAAAGAUUUAGAACUUUGGAUGACAAACUUGCCUCAGAAGCUAAGAACGACCCCAAUUAUACACUUAGCUAUUCCAGGGUCUCACGAUAGCACCACUUAUGGCAUCACAUCAAAAUCAAAAAUAGCCCCAGACGCGGAACCCAUUUACAAGUGGCUGAGGUUCCUAGGCCCCAUUUUCAAAAAAGUCAUGGUCAACUGGUCAAAAACCCAGACGGUCACAGUCACCCUACAGCUCCAAAGUGGAAUCCGAUACUUUGACUUGAGAAUCUCCACCAAGGAGAAGGACGACCAUUUUUACUUCGUCCAUGGGUUGUAUGGGGACGAGGUGGCCAAAAUCCUCGACGAAAUCAAAGAAUUCCUUGAAACUCACCCGAAAGAGGUUGUGAUCCUCGACUGCCAGCACUUCUACGCCUUCCAGCAGAGCGACCAUGAGCGUCUUAUGUACCUCCUCACGUCCACCUUCGGCCACAAGCUGCUCCCCUACAUGUCCCACAUGGAGCACAUUUCCCUGCAAUACAUGACGGAGUGUCGCUACCAAGUCAUCGUAGUCUAUAGGUCGGACGCCGCCAGGUUCGGGCAGCCCCUAUUGUGGCCGGCUGUCUGCUUCCGUAACCCGUGGGCCGAAACGGUCUCCAUUCCCAAGUUGAUAACGUUUUUGACUGACACCCUGAAAAGUAGGAAUCCCUCCAUGGGUUUUGUUUCGCAGUGCGUCUUAACCCCGACGACUUGGUUCGUCGUUAAGCACUUGUUUAGUUGUUUGAAGAAGCAGUGUUUGCUGCCGCUGCAGAGGGACAAGUAUAAGUGGUUGAGGAUGCAGCGGCCGGGACGUGGGGGGCUCAAUAUCGUGAUUUCGGAUUUCGCGGAGUUUGAGGAUGGGAGGUUUGCGAGGGCUGUGGUUGGGUUGAAUCGGAAGUUGUUGAGGGAGGGGGAGAGGGAUGAAUUGACGCCCAUUGAUGGGGGCCGAUAAGUCUUGCCUGAGUGAUAACAUCAAUUUUGUAUUGUUUUAUGUUUUUAAGUCUUUUAGUAAUUAACAAUCAUAUUUUUGUAUAAUUUUUAUUUAUAAUUGUAUUUUAAUGUUAUGUAUGUUGUUCAAAAUGUAUUUGUGAUAAAUAUGCCUUUAUUGCCUUUAAUGCCGACAUUCUGUGUAAAAUGUUAUACUUUAACCAGUACUGUGAUGUAUCUAGAGUAAUACGUAAUAAAUUAAUAUAAUCGUUAA